AUUAUUCACCGAUGGUAGAAUGACCCUCUGAUUUUUAUCAUUUACAUCACGUUAGCCCACAUCAAAUCUGUCAUCACUGCCUGUUCCAAAGAUGAGGGUCUUGGUCUUGAUUACUUGCCUACUUCGCAACUUGGUGGCUAUCAGCCUCUUCGCCAGCGCUCUCACCUCCGCUUAUCCUGGGACUUUCCUACACAGUUUACCAUCAAACCUACUGCGCAGAAGCCUGCCAGCCUCGCUUGCAACAGCACCAUUAGGUGCGGUGGGGUAUCAGCCUCUCCCAGGGCCUGUCCAUCGACCGACCACGACAACCACCAUCCCGGCCGGUGCGACAGCGUUUUCUCAGAAGUUGAGCGAGAAUGGAGGCAUUGGGGAUGCAGACUCGGAGAAGAACGUGAUAGUCUUGGUCGGCACAGCGACGAAGAAUCAGGCCGUGCUUCAAGCAACACAGACGGCGAUGGCGGGAAGGAGUAUGACAUUGGAAUCAAGUCUUGUCGUACUCUCGGUUGUUUUGUGUCUUUUCAUCUCGUAAAUAUGGUUCCAAGAGCAUUAUGCGCUGCGCGCA